UGUACAGAGAGUUAUAGACUACCACGGGAAAGAGUGAAGGGAGAGACAGGAAUCUCACGCACGAAGUAGCAACCGUAGUGUGUGAAGGGCAGAGGGAGCGAGGGGAACACAUGCCGACACAGAGGGAGACAAACAAGACAACUAAACAAGAUCAGUUCGAGAGGGAGAGACUGAGUAGCUAACAUGGUCACCGUGAAACACUUAUCCAUCUACUCUUCUCUGUCCCUGGCGGUCCUGCUGAUACUGGGCUGUGUGCGAGAGUCCCAGGCCGGGGUGGUGGAGGACUUUAACCAUGUGGAGCGCUGUAAGGACUCCCUGUACAUGGGAACCCCACCUCGGGGCUACCUCCUCGGUAACUCCCUGAAGAAGCUCUGCCAGCGCUACGAGGACAAGCCCCGCUUCGUCACCCUCUACGACCCCCACAAACACAUCCCUGUCUACUCGGCCUAUACCUUCAAGAAGUCUGACGGCGAGAAGAGGGUCGACUUCCCCUGGAUGUUCGAGCCACAGUUGGCAUCAGAGAAGGGCAGUAGCAACAUGGAGCCGUUCCCCCAGUCCUCCUCCCACAUGCACAUGAACUUUGAGGACAGCCAGGCGGUGCUGGAGGACUAUGCCGACGUGGUCCAGUACGAGAGAGGGCAUCUCAACCCCGACGAGCACCAGGCGGAUCCCCUGGACAAGGCCUCCACCUACACACUGACCAACGUGGUGCCCCAGAUCCGUGAGUUCAAUAUCGGGCCCUGGGCCGAGCACGAGGACCUCAUCCGUAAGCGCCUCAACAACUACUGCCGUGGCAAAGCCUACGUGAUCACCGGGGUCACGACCUCUGGGAACAUGAUCCGCCGUGACAACCUGGACCGCGUGGCCAUUCCCGAGUACAUGUGGUCGGCCUACUGCUGCACCGACUACGACCAGAACGCGCCCUACUUCCUGCGGUACAAGUUCCCGGCGUUCGGGGCCUACGGGCUGAAUGACCGCGUCAACAACCACCUGGUGGAGGUUCCGGUGAAGAACCUGGAGAAGUUCCUCAGGGGAAGGAUGGACGUGGACAAGAACUUCCAGAUCUUCUACAACGACUGUGUGCCUGACUCAUAGUGAGCAACCUUGUGAUAGUGAUUGCAAUCACGCCAGCCUCAAUGUCACCUCUACAUUGUCAUCUAGUUUCUGUAUCGAGUAGAUUCUGAAAAUAUGAAUGUAGCCUGUGGAUGAGUUGUUGCUUACAAGCAAUAAAGAUGAUCUUUCAAACCUUG